GUACAGAUGGAGGAUUCACAGCCGGAGGGUCCGAGUCCGGACGGGGAUGGUUCUGGAUCUGGUUCUGUACAAUGUCUCAUCUGUUUAAACACCUUCAGUGGUCAGCCAGUGGCCACCCCCCAGCAGUGUGAUCACCACUACUGCUUCACCUGCAUCACUGAAUGGGCCAAGACAUCUACUUCCUGUCCGGUGGAUCGGCUGGAGUUUAAUGUUGUUUAUGGGAGGAGAGGAGUGGGAGGAGAUAUUAUUAAAACAGUGGAGGUGGAUCUUCCUCAGUGUUCAGUAUCAGGAGAAGAAGCUGCAGAAGAUCUGAGUGUGUGUGAGGAGUGCGGGAGGAGUGUGUGUGAGGAGUGCGGGAGGAGCGACCGGAGGAACCGGAUGUUGAUCUGCUCCGCCUGUGAUUCCAGAUUCCAUAUAGGCUGCCUGACUCCGCCCCUGAGCUCAGUGCCGGUUGGUGAUUGGUUGUGUCAGGACUGUGCUGAUGAGGGGCGUCUCUCUGAGGAGAGUGAUGAUGAUAUAAAUGAAGAUGAAAUAUCAGAUCUGUUAUCUGAAACCGUCCCGACGUCCCGCCGCCUCAGACCCUCCACCACCCAGCCGCCCCCCAUCCCGUCCCGCCACAGCACGAGGGUCCCACCGCGGAGCAGCACGAGGGUCCCAGCGCGGAGCAGCACGAGGGUCCCACCGCGGAGCAGCACGACUCUUCAGCAUGUGCCCAGAUACCUUCUGAAAUCAUCUCGUCCUGAUGAUGAAGACACCAGCACAAGCGCUCUUCUAUUAAACACUGCAGAAUCAGACCAGCCAAUCAGACGUAAGAAGAAGAGAAGAUGAAACUUAUAUUAAAUAUAUGAACUGUUUUCUCCUGUAUUAUAUCUGUAUUAUAUCUUUAAAAAGUUACUUUAUUUCAGUAAUUCAGUUCAAAAUGUGAAACUCAUAUUAUAUAGUUGUAUUAAACACAGAGUGAUCUAUUAAAGACGUUUAUUUCUCUUAUCGUUGAUGAUUAUGGAUUACAGCCAAUGAAAACCUAAAAAUCUGUGUUUUAAAAAAUUAGAAUAUUAUAUACUGUAAGACCAAUUGGUACUUUUGGGACAGUGUGGGCAGUGUGCCAAGUCCUGCUGGAAAAUGAAAUCUGCAUCUCCAUAAAAGUAGUUUUCAGCAGAGGGAAGCUGUAAGAUAUGAAGUGCUGUAAGAUUUUAUGGGAAAACAAAACUGCACUGACUUUAGACUUGAUAAUAAAACACAGUGGAUCAACACCAGCAGAUGACAGACAUGACUCUCCAAACCAUCACUGAUUGGUGGAAACUUCACUCUAGACCUCAAGCAGAUUUCAUUUUCUAGCAGGACUUGGCACACUGCCAACAGUACCAAUUGGUCUUAUAUAAUAAUAAUAUUUUUUUUGAGAUGGCCCCGUAUUAUACGUGUAUUAUAUCUGUA